AUGUGCUCUCGCCGACUCUGGGCCUUGGGCAUCCUUCUCGCGCUGGUCAGCUUCUUCAGUGUCCGCCAAGAUGCCUCGACCUGGAGUUUGGCCUUGACCAAAGAAGCCAAAGUCGACGAUCCAGAUGCCCGACCAGCGCAGGGUGCCGACGACUGCCCGGCCACUGGCAGGCACGGCUCCCGGCUGAUGUAUACGACUUGGAUACGUCCCGGGUCUUCGGUCCUGGAAGUCGGAGCACGGUAUGGUCAAACGACCUGCCUUAUUUCCAAGCUCCUGGAGCCAGACUCUGCCGGCGCAAGGUUGCAUGCGUCUGAUGCUGAUCCUGCAGUGUGGGAUGUAUUGGAAGAGAACCUUCAACGCCACGGCUGCCAUGCAACAGUGGUUCGUGGCCCUGUUGGCACGAGCAGCCUAAAGUUCCUGCUCCACAACUACGGCAGUAUCACCAUGAGCCUUGAUGACCCUCGACCGGGAGUGGUGGUUCCUGCGCACAGCCUCCGGUCUCUGAAUGCCACGUUCGACACUCUGGCCAUUGACUGCGAGGGUUGCUUCGGCAGCUUCCUUGGGGAGAAUCCAGAGCUGCUAGAGAUGCUGUCCAUGAUUAUCGUGGAAGUUCACCACGAACCGGGGCCGGAGCAAGAAGCGGUGGACAAACUGAUUUCCGAGGGUUGGGAACUGAAACAGCGGCUGCGGCGGCAGCGCGAAGACGUGCCGCCGCAUGCGAGCUCUGCGACGGGGCAGGUGCAGUCCUGGACGGAACCCACCAAGAAGGAUGGGCCUCCCGUGACGUCCUACCGAAGGCACAUCUACCUCGACAUGGGUGCGAACUGGGCCAACACCUUACGCCUGUACUCAGAUCUGAGUCAGAGCCCGCACCGCGAUUCCGCAUGGGAGGUCUAUGCCUUUGAAGCGAAUCCGCUAAUCCAGCCCUAUGUGAACAAGUUUGUCAGCUUCCUGAACGGCAAGGGGCCGAAACCUCCGGUGCUCAUACCGCCCGCAGGGUCCAAUGGCCACCUCAACGACCUCGCGAAGAGGUUUCAUUGCAGGAAAAAGACCACAGACUCGACGCGAGAGUGCAUGGUGAAGCUCUUCGAGCCGCAAAUCCAUGCUCUCAAGGUGGAGCCCGAGCUCAGCAGCUUGCAGCUCAUCCAUUCGCGCAUGCGAGAAGCUGCUGCCCCUCCUCCAACAGCAGAGGAGUCACGUUACACGUUCAUUCCCACAGCCGUGGGAUCAGAAGACGGGGAGCUGAAGAUGACGGACAACACUGCAAGGACCGUGCUAAUUCGCGGUGGCUUCGGAGCGGGCAAUGCCAAGAAAGAUACUUCGCGAGAGUAUCACAUCCCCAUGGUCAAUGUGGUGCGAUGGAUGAUCGACAGCUUUCGUGAGUCGGACUACAUCGUCGUGAAGAUGGAUGUGGAGGGUGCUGAACACGGCAUCCUCUCUGGGCUAUUAGACCACGGAAAGUUGGGCUUGAUCGACAUCUUGGCUUUCGAGUGCCACGCUGCAAAGACAAGCCCGGCGUGCAAGAAGCUGAACCGCCGAUUGGAUAAAGCCGCCGCGGUCUCCAAGACAAAGAUUCUUCGUGAGGCUUCCGGCUAUCAGGGUUGGGACCAUUUUUCAACUCCCGACAGAUACUACCCACUGGACCCACGAAUUGGCAGGCCCCAGAGCAAUGGCUGA